CAUUACAUAUCAUCUUGUAGUUUGUGUUUUGAAAGAAAUUGAGUAUGUCAAAUCUACAAAUAGCGCGCGAUUUAUUUGAUUUUAUGUUUGAGUCUGUUUGUUGAGUUUGAGAGUAUUGAUUUGUAAUUUUAUUAUUUUGUAAGGCCAAUGAACUGUUAAGAUGGCACCACCUCGAAGAAUAGUUAGAGAGCAGCUUGAAAUCCUAAUAGAUUUUUUAGAAUCAAACAGAGACAUGUCCAAAGGUUUGCUGCCAAGUGCACCCAUGAGCCAUCAGGCAAUGCGGCACAAAUGGGCAGUGCUGGCUAAAAAGCUGAAUGCUGUUGAAUCAGGAGCUUUAAAAGCACCCGAUGGAUGGAAGAAGUAUUGGUUUGAAUGGCGGCAUAAAUGUAGAAAAAAAGCUGCGAAUGCUAAGAAAUUUCAAUCUGAUCCAAACGCUAGUAGUAGCAGAUUUGUACCACUUAAUGAUCUAGAAAUAAGGGUGUUGGAACUAAAUGGAGAAGGUUCAGUCAGUGCUGCAGUCUCAUCAUCCAAGCAAUUGGAAAACUUCUUAACAGAAAAUUCAGAUAAUGAGGAAAUUUCUAACGAUGAAAGCAUAGAUGAAUCCGUCCCAGUGAAAGUCAAAGUUAGACAGUCUAUUAGUAGCAAUAACUCUAAAAUGCACACAGAUGAAGCCAGAGUUACACCACCUCCCCGGUGGGCGUUAGAUUUAGAAGAACGUAGAAUAGCGUCACAAGAGAGAAUGGCGGAUGCCUUACAAUCAAUAGCCAGUACAUUACGCUCACAAGAAGAACGCAGAUCAAUGCUAGACGAUAGAAUAGCAGAUACAUUGACAGCCCUAGCUGGGACCAUACAAGAUCUCAAUAGUGGGGUACAUGAUAUGAUACAACACAUACAGAGCUCUAGUCAGACUGAAAGAUCCUUUAAGGAAGUUGUAUUGCUGUAAUAAAAUAGAAGAUUAUUGUGACAUACACUGUAUUUUCAGCACAAAGCUCAGUUCCUUGAAACCAAGCAAUGUUAUAUUUGAGCCAUCUUGCCAUAUAUUUUUAUUUGUACAAAUUUAAUAUACUUACAUUAAAUUAUUUUUAUUUACCAAAUAAACACUUUUAAA